AUGAGCAGCCUCUUCGAGGACCCAAUCUUCUUCACGCUCAACGUUCUCGCGCUCAUCAUUGGCUCCGUACUGGCGUGGCACAUCUACGGAAAGACGACGGCGCGCGAUAGCAGGCGCCGUGAUGCGGUGUUCCCGUGUACAGCGGCCGGACUUCAUGCGAACUCGAGAGAACCCUGCAAGCGAGCGAGGUACAAAGGCUAUCCUCGACAAGCGCGGGAUACCAUCCGCCAUCUAUCAUCCACGGGACGAUAG